AUGCAGCGAUGCAUCGCGUUCCUCUCCCUUCCCUUCUUCCUCUUCGCCCUCGGGACGAGCGGGGAAACCCGCCUCCUUGUCCCGAUCCAAGUGACAUUCUACCCUGCGCCUGCUUCCACCUCAAAGGUUCCGGCCUUUCGUCUGUGGACUAUUCGCGUGCAAGCUCGAGCGACGAAAUUUUCUCGACUUUCAAUGAUGCCGUUUGGCCCUAUUGGCAACUCAGACCUAUUGAAAUACUACGCUGAGUGUAUAAAGAUAAGACUAGCAAGCAAUCGACGCCUACGAAGGCACGAGUCUCACUACAAGCGACACAUCGCUCAAUACGAUACGAGGAACACUUUGACUUCAUCUCUCGACGGUUUUUGGAAUCUUCUCGGCCGCAUUACGACAAGAGUCGAUUUCACGCUGUUUGGGAACAAGGCCGUGGAAGAGUUCCCGCCGGGCGUGUUUGGCAAUGUUUCCUUCGAAAGGACAAUCCUAUUGCACACACAAGUGGGAUCCAUUCAUCGCUCCGCCCUCCGUUCCUCGAAAGAACAGCUUCGCCGGCCGGAGAUCCUGGCAGGCGAACUGAGGGAAUUUCCAUGGGACAUCCUGCCCGAUAUGCCCGGCCUCGUCCAUCUCGACCUUGGAGAGAAUUUCUUGCUCGAUUUGCCGCCCGUCGAAAGCCCCAGUCUGGAGAGGCUCUCCCUCGGGGGCAAUAAGAUAGCAAGGCUCACUGUUGGGUGGUCAACGCCGAACCUGACGGCUCUCGUAGUGGGUUUCAUGGCAGAGACCAGAAUCGAGUUAUGGGGCAACGAAAUCAGAAACUUCACAAAGGAGUCCUUCGUACUCAUGUUGGAGAACCUCGCAGCGGGGGAAGGGUACAUCGACCUGUAC